AUGUACUUCCCCCCAAACCACCUAUACCAUCUCCCGCACACCUGUGCAACCUAUGAUCACUGGGUUCCCGGGGAACGUGUCGCCGUGGGCAUAAUCGACCCCCUACCGGUCUCAGUCCGAGGCUCUGAAUUCAUCCUCAUGAUGGUGGACUAUUUCACUAAGUGGGUCGAAGUGGUGCCACUCCUACAACAAGACGCAGCGUCCGUCGUGUACGCCAUCAGCCACACAUGGAUUAGCCGUUUGGGCGCCCCGAUGUCGUUUCAUUCAGACUCCAGCAGUACCUUCGACUCUCAAUUGGUGCAGGAGGUCUGCCAGCUUUGAGACAUGCACAAGACCCGCACGACCCCUUAUCACCCAGAAGGUAACGGUCUCGUAGAGAGGACCAACCGCACGCUGCAUAAUCCCCUCCUGGCGUUCGCCAAGGAUGGCCACGAUAAUGACUGGGAGGCCUACCUCCCUCUCUGCCUCCUGGCGUAUCGAAGAGCAGUCCAUUCAUCCACGGGUUUCACACCCCAUUUCUUAUGGGCUGGCCGUGGACUUCGUCUUCCGGCCGACCUUCGCUACCCCCUACCGACAUUUGACCCUUCCACACCCAGGACUUCGCUACACACCUUCGUGAAGUCAUACGGUCAACACUACGCGGCACGCAUCGCCCUGGGUGCGGCUUCUCCACCAAAAACAUCAAUUCGACCGACGCCCAUCUGGUGUCCCCUGCCAAAUCGGUGACCUGGUCAUGCACCACAAUCCCUCAUCCUUCCCAGAGCCUCUUCUAAACCCGACUACCCAUGGCGAGGACCGUUUGUGGUCCUCGGAAUCCUCGCCUCGGCCACCGUCCUCCUCCGAAUAGCAGCCCACCCCAAGUCACCCACUUUUACGUCUCAUUCCUCCAAACUCCAUCAUUUCUGAUUUCGCCUCCCCAUCUGCACACCUGACGCCCUACUCAUCCUUCUCUAUACCCAGGUACCCCCAGCGGCUAUCGAAAUUACCGUACUCCUUCCCCAUUCGACCACACCAGCACCGAGGACGAGCUCCGCCUUAGAGUGGGGCUGUGUAACGGACGGUGAUUUAGAGCAGAGUCUUUCCCCAGUCCCCCUUUUUCAGAAUUCCGCGCCGCGAAAUUCGGACUGACGCUACAUCUCCGUGCAUCCGCUAAGUCCCAUCUCCAUGUAACCAUUUUCCUGUUUCCAUUGUUUUUGUCGGUGUCAUCUCAUUUACGUCUAUUACUAGUCACUGUGCGUCUGCCUACGAGGGUUCUGGCAUGAGCUCCAAGGCACAACGGAACAAGCAUACUCCGUAACCUGAUCGGUGAGCGCCCGUCUGUCAUAUUUUGCUAUAAGUCGUAUCUAUCGUUUUAUAUUUUGCCUCGUAAAUGUGUUACUCAGUUUGUUGUCGACGUAGCUUAGCAUUUUGUACCAGUGCCUUUUUUAUACCUCUAUACCGGCUAUAGUUAAGUUUCCUGUUUUUGUUCCGAGUUUUGGGAUAACGUUCUCCACCAAUUGUGCAUCCAAGGGCAAACAUUUCCGCGAUCAUAGUUUUUCAUUAAUUCGCCAUGUCUGAUGUCCGCAAAUCCCCGGCUGACUUGUGUCACGAACUAACCCGUCUUUUAGACGAAGUCUCACUAGUCACGCCUCGUGGAGAAUCCCAGUCAUCCUUCCCGUCUACCAGUGAGAAUAAGCCCCACCACGCCUUAGCCGGUUCGGCACCUACAAUCUCAUUGGAUCCAGGAUAG